AUGGUUUUAGGUUUUAAAUUAAUCACUCAGAAGAAAUUUUGGUUUUUUAUUUAUUUUAUUUUUCAUAUUAACGGAAUUCAUUACUAUCAGUCAGUUUAUAAAUAUAACGAACAUGUUAAGAAAAGACCCAUUGUUCCCUUUAAUUCAAAAAGUGUAUUAUUAAAUAAUAAAAUUAAUGAAAAAAAAAAAUAUAUAUAUAUAUAUAAUGUAAAAUAUAACAACCGUUGUUAUUUUAAUAUAACAGGUGUAUUAAAUGGUUUUCCCAAAAAAAUUUCCAAGAAUGAUUUAAUUUCCAAAAAAAAGGUAGAAGAAAUUAUCCUUAACAAUUUGAGAUAUAAAAAAAACUUUUUUUUUCUUCCUUUAUUAAAAUUAAAAGUUAAGUGUAACAAAAAUGAUGGUCAAAGGAAUGAAUACUUUUGUCCUUUAUCCAAAAUAAGGAAUAUAUAUAAAUUUGAAAAAAGCAUUAUUCAUUUCGUUGAAAAUAAUAGUGAUAAACAAAAUAUAGAAGAACAAAAAAAAAAAAAGUUGAUAGAAAAGAAAAAAGAAUUAUUUUUGAAUGAUAAUAUUGAAAAGAAAUAUUUAUUAAUUGAUUAUAUUGAUGAAAAAAAUGAAACUAGUGACAUUUUAUUAAAAGUACAUAUAAAAAGUAAAUUGAGAGAAUAUUAUUAUGAUUUAUGUGUAAAGGAAUAUAAAGAAAAGAAACUCUUGGAAAAUAAAUAUGAAUAUUCAUAUUUAAAUGAUGUGCCAAUUAAUAAUUUAAUAAAUUAUAUAGAUAAAAAUGAAUAUAUGAAAAUUUUCUUAAAAUAUGUUAAUGAUGAUAUUAUCAAAGUUUAUAAAAGUGUAAAAGGUUUACAUUUAAUAGGAUCUCCCAGAUUAUUAAAUAAUGUUGAUCAUUUGUGUAUAACUAAAUUUGAUGAUAUUCUUUUAAAAUUUUCUAUUGAUAAAUAUCCAACCAUUAUAUUUCAAAAACCUUACAUUAAUUUAGAUAUAAAAGUAAAAAUUCCUCCAUAUGAAAAAGGUACAGCUUUUAAAGAAUUCUUAAAAAUUGUCGAAAAUAAAAAUGAUGUUAUAGAAGAAACGGAUAAAAACCACAAGGUUGAGUGGAAUAAUGAUGUUCAGGUGAAUGUGUCAAGAGGAUGGGUGUAUAAUUUUAGUAAUGUAUAUUAUGAUGAAUAUUGUAAAAUGGAUACACACAAUCGAGAUACACUUUUUGAUGGAAUGGGAAAUAACGAAAAUGUACAAAAAAAAAAUGAUAAAGAAAAAAAAGAGAACAAACAAGGAAACUCACGAAAAAUAAACAACUUAGAAAAAGAAAGGAAAGAAACACAUGGAUUAAGUACAAAUGAAGAAGAUAAAAAAGAAAAUGAGAAAAAUAAAGAUCAAAAUAAUAAUACCAAUAAAGAACAAAUUAUUAUUAGUAAUUACGAAAAGAAUUUUUCGCAAAAUAAUAAAAUUAACAACCUGAUCGAUAUAGAUAAAGAUGAAGAAAACUUUAUCAAUAAUUCAGAUAAAUAUAUGGAACAAAAUUUAACAAAUGAUGAUAAUGAUGAAAAGUUAUUUAAUGAUUCUUAUGAAAAUAAAAGUCAUUAUGAAUUUUUGAAAAAUGCAGAUUUUACAAAUUAUUUUAGACAAGGAUACCAAUUACCUAAUGAUGUUAUUUCAAUGAAUAAUGAAACUAUUUCAGUAAAAGAAAAUUUUAAUCCUUUAGGAUUUAAUGAAUCUUUAUUAGGUAUGGGUAAAAAUGAGAAAAAAAAUAUUACUGUAUAUAUACCUGUUAAUUUAUUUAAAGAAUACUUUCAAAAAGAACAAGAAGGAUUUGAAAAAAGAAAAAAGACAAAAGAGGAAGAUUUUGAUGAAAAUAUUAUUAAUCUAAAAGAAAUAGAUAAGGAUAGUAUCACGAAAUUUAGAGAAAUUAUCUAUACGGAAAUUAAAAAAUUGAAAAAUAAUCGAUUUUUACAAAAAAUCGAAAAAAUACUAAAAGGUAAUGAAAAUAAAUUUUUUGAUAGUGAUACAUUAGAAAAGUCUUUGAAAAGGAACGAAAACGAAAAAAAUGAAAAUAAUGAUGAUAAUAAAGAUGAAGAAAAAAAAAAUGACCUUAAUAGUAACGAUUAUUUUUACUUAAAAAAUAAUGAACAAAGCAUUGAUUCAAUUUUAAGUGAUCAUAAUAUUACUUAUGAUGAAGAAGAAGAUGAUAUAAAGGAAAGUGAGGAAAGAGAUAUAAAUGAAAAUACAAAUGAUGGGAUAAAUAAAAUAGAAGAAGAAACUAAAGAAGAUGAUGUAGAGGAACAAAAUGAAGAAAUUCAUUUUAAUAAAAACUUUGAUAAAUAUUUAAAAGAAUUAUUAAAAGAUGAUAUAAAUUCACUGGAUGAAAAAUUAUACAAUCAAAAAGAAGAUAAGACGAAAGAAAUAUUUCAAAAUUUAUAUGAUUUUAAUGAAGAAUAUAGCAAAGAUCAAAAUGUAUAUGUAAAUGACAAUGAAAAUGAAAAUAAAGAUUCUAAUUUGGAUACCAAUUUACAUGAUUAUAUACUAGGAGAAAGUGAUUUAAUAAAAUGUGUUUUAGAAAUAGAAGUAUUAGAUAUAAAAAUAAGGAAAAAAGGAAAUGAAGAUGUGAAAGGUUAUGUUUUGAGAAAAUAUAAUAAAACAAUAGAUGAAUUAUAUGAAGAUAUUGAAAGUAGAGCUAUGAAAGAUAUUCAGAGCAAAUGUGUCCAAGAAAGAAGAAUGGAAGCUUAUAAAAAGUUAAUGGAAAUAACUUCUUUAAAUAUACCUAUGACCUUAUUUCAUGCACAGGGAAAACGUUUAUAUAGUAGUUAUUUGAAUAAAAUGAAAAUGAAAAACGAUGAAAAUAAAGAAAAUAAAAUUUUAUGUUAUGAAGAAUAUAUAAAAAGAUCUGAAAAAGAAAUAUAUGAUCAAAUAAAAUUUUCUUUCAUUGUAAAAUCUAUAUUUCAAAAUUCUAAGUUACAAUUAAAUUAUGAAGAAAUAAUAAAGGAUGUUAUAAAAACAUUAAUUAAAACACCAACAAAUAAUAUAAGAUCUUUAAUAAAAAGAAUUUAUACUAUACACCAAGCACAAUAUGUAUUAGAUUUUGUUUCUUUAAAUUCAAAUAUUUCUUUUCAUACAGAUGAUAAAUCAGCUGUGAAUUUUUCAGUCAGUUUUAAAAAAGGAUCAGAAUACUCACAAGAUGAUUAUAGAAAUCAUGAUGAACAAUUAACUUAUACUACUAACCAUAUUACAAAUAAUAAUAAACAAACUGAUGAUAAUAAUAAACAUCUAAGUAAUUUUAAUUCAUUAGAAAACAAUGUAAAAAUAAACCAAGAUAAAAAUUUUGAUAUUUUAAAUAAUAAUGAUGAAAACACAAAAGAAGAAAAUAAGAUUUUUCAUUUCAAAGAUGAAUCAAAUUUUGUAGUUGAAAAGAAAAAAGAAAAUAAUGAAAAUAUUCAAUACGAAUAUUUUACUUUUAAAAAAGGUGCCAAUUAUACAAAAUAUUUUCAGGAUAAUAAUGUACAUAACAAUCCAAAAAAAUAA